UAUUGCCGUUUUUUCCUUAUGUGCCCCCCUGAAAAAAUACUGGCCCCACCUCGGCCCCCCUAGUAAUUUUGGUCUAGAACCGCCACUGCAUGCUAGCUUCAUGUCACGGACAUAAUAUAGAGAACUUAGCCUAAAGUAACAUUAGGCAAGUCACUCCUCCCCGCCCUUCUCGGUGUGUGGGUGUGUGUGUUUAUUUUUUAAAGAAGGCUAUAGCAUUCAGAUUGGGCAGAAAUACUUGUCCACAUGAUUGGUGUACUUCGCCGUUUUAAUUUAAUUUUACAGAUAGUGGUGGAGAGACAGACAAUGUUGCGGGGCCAGGAGAAACAGCAGGAGGAGAGACAGAAGGAGGAGAGAGUGAGAGGAGGAAAAUAGGGCAAAGAGAGGAUGAAACAGGAUCAACUACAAGAGGAGAAAAGAGAGAAGGCAAAUGGAUGGAGAAUCAGAUAGGCCUUUAAGAGAAACUUUGAUAGAGGAAACUGAGGGAGAAACAGAGAGAGGAGAAAAUGAGGGAAGAAAAACAGAAAUAGACAGAACAGAAGGAAGAGAAAAUGAGGGAGGAGAAUCAGACAGAGAAGAUGCAGAGACAGACGAAAUGGAGGCAGAGGAAACUGAGACAGUAUCAGAAAGCAUCAGAUGCCAUCCACACAUCUGGACUGAAAUUCCAGUCUCAGACACCUCACUUUAACCCCCUGUUCUACCCCAUCCUACCACCGCAGUCCCACCCUCCGUCCUACUUCAUCAUGCCAGACCAGUUCUACCCCCCGUCCCACCCCGUUCUGAGAUCCGCCUCCUACUACCCUCCACCCGCCAUGAUGGGGAUGAACGAACACCACGUCCCAUCUGUCCAGGAGAUUCUGGGAGGAAACGCCGCGUCUCCUGUGACACCACCUGAAGGUGGACGUGUAGACGAUGGCUGUGUGAUCACUGCUCAGGCUCAUGCCACUGACGUGCUCACACUCGAACCGCCAGCAUCAGCUGAGUCAGAGCCUGAACCUCAACCCACUUACAGUCUGCCACCUGAAACUGUGGGCAUCGAAGAGUCUUUGUCCUCCAGACCCCCAAGUCCAAACGCACUGAUGUGGGGCGAGAUAAUGGACAGCGUCGACCCAAUCCCAUCCAGACCCCCAACUCCCACAUUACUCCCUUGGGGAGACCUAAUGGAGGAAAGGGGGUUCCAAAAGGACAAGGGGCAGGUGGACGACUUCAUGGAGGUAAAGGAGAAGGUGGAGGAGAAGGAGAAGGGUGCAGUGAUCAGGGAGCUGAAAAAGAAGGUCAAACAGUUUCAGGAGCCAAAGAAACAGGCAGAUGCAAACACCAACAAGCUCCCGAGCUCCGCCAGCGAGAACACCAAGUUUCAGUCUGAGACACCUCACUUCAACCCCCUGUUCUACCCCAUCCUACCACCGCAGUCCCACCCUCCGUCCUACUUCAUCAUGCCAGACCAGUUCUACCCCCCGUCCCACCCCAUUCUGAGAUCCGCCUCCUACUACCCUCCACCCGCAAUGAUGGGGAUGAAUGAACACCACGUCCCAUCUGACCAGGAGAUUCUGGGAGGAAACACUGCGUCUCCUGUGACACCACCUGAAGGUGGACGUGUAGACGAUGGCUGUGUGAUCACUGCUCAGGCUCAUGCCACUGACAUGCUCACACUCGAUCAACAUGUGGCACCAGAACCACCAGCAUCAGCUGAGUCAGAGCCUGAACCUCAACCCACCUACAGUCUGCCACCUGAAACUGUGGGCAUCGAGGAGCCUUUGUCCUCCAGACCCCCAAGUCCAAAGGCACUGAAGUGGGGCGAGAUAAUGGACAGCGUCGACCCAAUCCCAUCCAGACCCCCAACUCCAACGUUACUCCCUUGGGGAGAAAACCUGGCUGUUGAGGGUUCUGAGCUGUCCUUAUCCCCAAAUCUUAGUUCACUCAGUUGGGGAGAAAUAAUGGACAACGUCAACCCAAUCCCAUCCAGACCCCCAACUCCCACAUUACUCCCUUGGGGAGACCUAAUGGAGGAAAUGGGGUUCCAAAAGGACGAGGAGCAGAUGGACGACAUCCUGGAGGUAAAGGAGAAGGUGGAGGAGAAGGAGAAGGGUGCAGUGAUCAGGGAGCUGAAAAAGAAGGUCAAACAGUUUCAGGAGCCAAAGGAACAGGCAGAUGCAAACACCAACAAGCUCCCGAGCUCCGCCAGCGAGAACACCAAGGGAGUCGAACUGUACAUUCGGGGCAUCGAUUCCAGCGUGGACUCCAGGCGGCUGUUGAACGAAUUCCACCCGUUUGGAAAAAUCAUCAAAGCGAAGGUGGUGAUGGAGAACGGGAGCUCCAGAGGGUUUGGCUACAUCACGUACCAGACCAUGACAGAAGCCACGACAGCGAUCAGGGAGAUGAACAGGAAGAUGUUGGGGUGGAAGCCGCUGUUCGUUGCUCUGUCGAGAAGUAAAGACGAGCGCCAGUCUUGCUCCGGCCCGAGAGAGCAGAAGACCAGGAGCGGCCUUCUGUUCGAGCCCUGGCCGAGUCACAACCCGGACAAACAGAGGGUCCAGUCCCAGAGUGGGUCACAGUCAUAUUUGUAACGUCUUACAGAAUGGGUCUUGUUCAUUACCUCAGGAGCUAGCGAGUCAUCCCUUAGUCACAUCGACACGCCCUGACUGGAAAUGAGAAACUUUUGUAAAAAUAAACUCCUCAAUUGAAAAAUGCU